AUGGCGCACGCGGCUCGCAUCGCGCGGCAGGUAGUGCAGGCCGCGACGAGUGCGCGCGUGCGAUUCUCCACGGAGGCGGCGAAAGCUUCGCGCGAGACGCUGCUGGUGGAGGACGACGCGGCGCUGCGCAAGUACAACCCGCAGAAGGCCGCCCUCGCCGCCUGCAACACCGUUGGUAACGCCGUCACCGCGCUCGUGCUCGCAGCCGGGGCCGUGGACUUGUCUGAGCGGCUGUGCCACACGGCAGCCGGGCAUCCGUCCGUCACCAUCACGCGCAUCGCCAUGCCUGCGCCCACCGCUAUCAUGCGCUCCACUGCACUGCCCACUGUGAUGCACAUGGAUGGCUCAUGGAAUCACCACUCUGGCGAAAUUGUUGGCGAAAGCGCGGAGAAGGCGAGGCGAAGAAUGGUCGAGGCGUUUCUUGGCGCGCGAGAGGCGCGGGCGAGCGUUACGCGACGCUCCCGUGCUGCCGGCGAGUCGCGGAUGAACUGCUCACGGCACGCGCAGAGUGGAGGCGGGAGAGGCGGGUGUGAGUGGGGUGGCACGGGGGAUGGGGGUGGUGACGCGGAAUGGCUCGGCGGCCGCAGCAGCGACGAGGAGGAGGAGGAGGCGAGCAGCGGCGGCCAGGAGGCGCGCGACGAGGCGCAGCUGGGCGAGCUACUCCCCGUGGCCGGCGCCGGGUGGCUCGCGCACGCGCCUCCGGCGGAAGUCGCGCAGGCGGAAGCUGGUGAGGCGGAAGCUGGUGAGGCGGAUACUAGGCGGGCAGAAACGGGUCAGGCGGAAAGCAGGGAGGCGGAAUCGAGGCCAGCGGAAACGGGGCACGCGGAAACGAGGGGGGCGGAGGUGGAGAGGGGAAGGGCGGACGAGGCGCAAGGAGCGAGCGGAGCUGCUGACGCCCAUGGCGCGCCCUCGGCACUGGCGACGCCGCACCCUGCACGUGCUCCCGCUAGUGCUGCCACCGCUGGUGCUGCCACCGCUGGUGCUGCCACCGCGGCACGCGAGGCGCGCACAGCGCCCGCGCUGGAGGCGACUGGCGGAGGGGCGGCCGGCGGAGGUGCGGGGCUGUCGCUGCGUGGCCUAGGCCACGGGGGAGGGCGCAGGCGGAGAGGGCGGAGAGGGCGGAGGGGAGGGCGAGCAGCGGCGGAUGGUGGCGGCGUUCCUGCGCGCGCGCGAGGCGGGCGCAGUGGUGGCGCGGGGGAGAGGGGGACGAGGCGAGGAGAGGGCGCGCAGGAGGCAGAGGCGCGCAGGCAGGGGCGGACGCGUGGGGAGGGGGCGCUGGCAGGGGGAAAGGGUGCGAGGCGAGAUGGGGGAGCAGGCAGGGGAGGGGACGUGGAAGGGGGGGAUGGAGUGGUUGAGGGCGACGAGGAGCGGCGAGCAGGGCGAGAUGGUGGGCAUAAUGGUGACGUGCAUGGCAUUGCGACGGGCAGCAGCGAGGGCGGCGAGUCAAGUGACGGGCUGGAGGAGCUGCUGGUGGUGGCGGGGUUCGACCGUAUGCUUCUGUACAUGCUCAAACCUCCCUCCACGCAACCCUCUUUCCAUGCAUUGCUUGCUGUCACCACUGCCCUUCAGGCAUGCGCCCUGCUUGCCAGCACCUACAUCGCUGCCCAUGCCUCUGCGUUUCAAAGUGUGGCGGAGGGGCAGGGAGGGCGUGCGGGUGCAGAGGUGCGUCGGCGGGACCGGCAGGCCAGCGAGGCGCGGCGCAGGAGCAGGCUGGCCGCGGCAGCUCAGGCAGCUGAGGCGGCACGGAGGGCGGCGGGUGGUUCAGCGCACUCGCAUGACGAACUGAGAGAGAGACGGCAGCGGGAGCGAGAGGAGCGGUUGAGGAGGCGAGCAGGGAGGCAGGGAGGGGAGAAGAAGGCAGCGGCGUUUGAUGCGCGUGGUGAGGUGAAGGAAGCACGUGAGCAGGGCGGCGUGGCUGCGGUAGGCGAAGGCGGCAGGGGAGAUGUGAGGGGUGCGGGCGCAGUGCUUGGGGGGCGCAUGCACUGGCGUGAGCGGCGACGCGCAUGGGGAGGGGCUGAGGGCGGGAGUGGUGGAGGGCACGAGGUGAUGAGGAAGGAAAGGGCAGCAGAGACGACAAGUGAGAAGGGAAGGGUACGAGCGGGGAGAAGCGAGGAAUUGGCGAGACGUGGAGAUGUGAGCGGUGUUAAGUCCGGGGCGCCCAGUCCCAGGCAGCACGUGCGGGAUGCGAUGGGCAAGUUUGCUGCGUGCAGGGCGGUGGAGGACAAGGCAGGGGGGAGGAAGAGAAGCAGAGGGGAAGGCGAGGUACGAGGUGCGGGUGUGCAGGGCGGAGUGGCGGUGCAGCGAGGCGAGGUGGAGGGAAGAGGCGGUGAGGGAGCGAGCUCGUCCCUGCAGGGCACAGUGCGGGGGGCACUGCGUGCCGUGGGGCUAUACGAGGGCAAGCGCGCCAUGACGCAGGAACUAAGGCGGCAGCAGCUGGCCGUGGCAGCCACUGCCAUGCGUGCGGUGCAGGAGAGCAGGCGGGAGGAGGAGCGUGCCGUGCAGGCCAUGCGGGCGGCAGAGGCAGCAGAGGUGGCGCGGGUGGCGGCGGUGCAGGCGGAGUGUGACGCGCGCAUCAACGCCUUCAUGCACCGCCUGUUUCAAGACAUGAGCGCCCUGUGA